UACGAACCAUAACUUGUUUUACACUCAGCAGAAGUGUAACGCCAAUCAAACACAUCUCCCUCUCCGUUUCUAUAAUAAUCUUAUCCACAAAUUUCUUCGGUAGCAUCAAUUCCAUAAAGCACGAGAAUAUUAAUAACUGACAGAGACACAGAACCCAACAACGUAAAGGAAUCCUAGCAAUCUAAUCUAGGCCUCCCAAGGUUUCAGAUUACAUAGCAACACCGAAACACCCACAGAGUUUCUAGUUUGUUCUUGAGUCAAAAUGAUGUUCGGCGGCAGAAGCAUGGGCGGCGGAGGAAGUAUGUUCCGUACAGUCAGCAGGGCGGCGCUGACUAGAACCACCGGUGUUGCAAUCCAAGAACCCAUCACUUCUUCGAGUUCUAACACCAACACAACCACCACGACUGCUACUAGUCCUUCGGCUUCUAGGAAUACCCAGAAACCCGGUUCGGUCAGUAACCUCUGUCUCUCUUCUCCUACCUCUCCGAAUUGUGGGCCCGUUUCUGCGACUUCCGACGGGCACAACUGGCCCACUUCGCCUCAGUUUGAUGAUUUCGAUUGGGUUUCUGUGGACGGGAGUGAAGAUGUUGAGAAAGCUCAUGAGUUUCUUGAUGACUUUGUUCUUGGACCUGUUCCUUCUGGAGAUGAAGUUCACAACGCUGUUUCUGCUCUUCAACAGGUGUUCACUCCGACUCAUCAUCCCCAGUUCAUCCGGGAUAAAUUUGGUUCCGAGUACUUGGACAAGGAUGUAGCUGAUCAGAUUUUGAGUGCUUCUGGUUCGGUGCAGCGAGUAUCUUCAUUUGGGACAGAAUCAGAUUGGAUGGAGCCUUCUGCUUACCUUUGUAAUUCCCAGCCUCAGGGAUGUCAAAGAGUUUAUGAGGCUUUCAGUUUAUUGCAGAAUGAGUCAUCUGUUCAGAGAAUGGUGGUUUCAUUGUCAUCUGAUAGAGCAGUUUGGGAUGCUGUGAUGAAUAAUGAGGUGGUGAGGGAGCUGAGGGAAUCCUUCUAUGCAGCUGAAGACAAUAGUUCCCAGAGUCCAUCUGAGGAUUCUGAUGAUAACAGUACAGCAACAAACUUUUUGAGAUGGAUCUUUCAAAAUACCUAUGGAAAGGUAAUGGAGGUAAUAGAGAACAUUACCAAGCUUUUUGAUCACUUGCUUCAACCUCAAGGCAGUGGCAAGGCGAAAGCUGAAGCUGGUAAUCUGUUUGAGGACAGGCUGAGAACAUCAGUCAUGCUCUCUGUCGUGGUCCUCUUGGUUGUGGUGGUUACUCGAACCCACAGUGCUUGAACAUAAUCCGUCGACAUCACAGGUGGUAUUUCCACAUAGGUUGGCUUUCUGUUGAAGUGUUUGCUGCAAUGUAUUUUUUUGCAGAUCUUCUGUUUCAAAUGAUGCUUUGUUAUGAAUGUCCUAGUCUGGCACAUUAUAGUCACAGCAGGUUUCUGAUAUGGAAUAUUUGCCGUGUUUUAAACUAGUGCAUGGAUGAUUGAAUAUUUCAUUUGAUUUGCCGGAUAUAGUGAUUCAAUUUGUUA